AUGAGGCGCCCUUUGCUGGAUGACAAGUUUGGACGCGCAAAGCAGAACGGAGACCAUGCAGGACGUGUGAAGAUGGAUAGGGGCAGAUUGUUGGGCCGUGAGUUAUUUUGCUCCCAGCGAAAUAAAUGCAACGCUGUAAUGUGGUAUGAAGAUGAAUGCUGGACCGAGGCUGAGGAUGAUGGGUUGCAGCUGCUUGAUGCACGUGGACUGCUAGUGUUGGGCCGUGAGUCGUGUGACGGAAACCGUUUCCUUCUGCCGAACCACCAUCUUCUCUCAUUGGAACCGUAUAGUGGUGCAUUGGAGGCAUCGUUUUUCCUAAGUCGAACCGUAGUUGUCGUCCUACUGGAACCCCGGUUUGAAAUUGCGAUUAAGGAAACCCUAGGUUGGUUUCGUCGAUCUGGAAGAUAUAAGUUCGAGCUCCCAUUGUGUUCUACAGCUGAUUGCAGAAUUUGUGUUUGGAAUGCAUCUGAUGGAAGCUUAGUACACUCAUUGACUGGGCAUACUGAAUAUGAAAUAUGUCUUUGUUGGAGUCACACUGAGAGCCAAGACAGUGCUAACAUGACACCUGUGAAGUUGUAGAUGUCAGAGGCUAAAGAGUAUAGACAAACCGAUGAACUGUGUUAGGAUGUCCUGUGAGGUGCAUUAUUUAUGUGAUUGUGUGGAUGUGUUUACUGUUUUCUUAUGAUUCAAAAGCGAGGUUUAUGAGAACGUGAAUCUAUGACUUUUGUCUAUAUGUUUUGCUGCUUUUUACCUAAGUUUAAUAAUUUAUAUAUGAAUAAAAAUAACAAAUUCGUUAAAUGACAUGAUGUUCUGUUUUAGAGAUAUUAUUAUCGCAUAAUUCCCAUAGUUACAAAAUUAAUCUCUUCUUCACAUAUGGAGGUGUUUUAUA